CAUAUGAUUCUCUUGUUCCGUUGUGCACUGGACUUGAAUCAGGAACCUCCGGCACAGACAAAAUGAGUCAAUUAAAACGCCUGUCUACAUUGCUGACAAAGGUGCGAGCCCACACCACGGUCAUCGGGAGGGUGUGGAUGUCUGUUCUGUUCCUUUUCCGGAUCAUGGUGCUGGGGGCUGGUGUUGAGAAAGUUUGGGGUGACGAGCAGUCCAAGAUGAUCUGUAACACCAAACAGCCGGGUUGCAAAAACGUUUGCUACGACAAGGCCUUCCCCAUCUCCCACGUUCGCCUGUGGGUGAUGCAAAUCAUCUUCGUCUCCACGCCCACCCUGCUAUACCUGGCUCACGUCGUCCAUGUCACGCAGAAGGAGAAAAAGCUCAGGGAGAAACUGCAGAACAAUGCAGAGAAUGGAACGCUGAAGAUGCCCAAGUACACGGACGACAAGGGCAAGGUCUACUACACCAAGGGCAGCCUCUUGGGCAGCUACAUGACCAGCCUGGUGUUCAAGAUGAUCCUGGAGGUUGCGUUCAUCGUGGGCCAGUAUUACCUCUACGGCUUCAAGUUCAUGGCCAAGAUAGUGUGUGAAGGAGACCCGUGCCCCCUCAGGGUGGAGUGCUACAUGUCGCGGCCCACGGAGAAGACCAUCUUCAUCAUCUUCAUGCUGGUGGUGGCCUGUGUUUCCCUGCUGCUGACCGUGGUGGAGAUCUUCUACCUGAUAAACAAGGCAUACAAGAAAACGCAGACAUACAGACAGAGAAGACAGUGAUUUAUGCUCUGACUGUGUUUAACCAUGACACUGUUUUACUGGCAUAAUAUCGACAAAUAAUCUGCACCCUCUCUAUA